AUGGGGUGUAAGGCGUGCGACAAGCCCAGGCCGAGCUACCGGAAGGGGCUGUGGUCGCCGGAGGAGGACCAGAAGCUGCGCGAUUACAUUCUCCGGCACGGCCACGGCUGCUGGAGCGCGCUUCCCGCCAAAGCCGGGCUCCAGCGGAACGGCAAGAGCUGCAGGCUGCGGUGGAUCAACUACCUGCGGCCGGGGCUGAAGCACGGCAUGUUCUCGCCGGAGGAGGAGGAGACGGUGAUGAGCCUCCACGCCGCCCUCGGCAACAAGUGGUCGAGGAUCGCACGGCAUUUACCGGGGAGGACCGACAACGAGGUGAAGAACUACUGGAACUCGUAUCUCAAGAAGAGGGUCGAGGGCGGCAAGGAGACGCCGCCGGCGGCGAGCUCCGCCGCGGACUCGGACGGGUCCCAGAGCCCGAGCCCAGGGGAGUUCAGUGCGGCGCAGGAACGGCCGUCGAACUCCGGCUCGUCGGAGCCGCCGCACGAGUCGUCGUCGGCCGACUCGAGCUGCCUGACCGUGACCGAGCCUACCGCCUGCAGGGCCCACGCGCCCGUGGCUCCCAAGGUGAUGUUCGCGGAUUGGCUCAACAUGGACUACAUCGGUGGCCAGGUGGCGGCGGCGGCACCUGGCCCGGAAGCCGCGGGGGUGGUUGGCGCAGGAGGCGGCGAUCAUCGUCAGAUCACGAGCCAGGGGUCCGCGCAGGUCGAUGGGCCACCCGGCGUGGAGGACCCCCUGCACGGCUGCUUCGGCGACAGCGGCACCUGCUGGGAGUUCCUGGAGCAGUUCGACAGCAUGGAUCAGAUGCAGGCCGGCGGCGGGUUCUGCGACCUGCUCUCCAUGACCGAGUUCUUCGGCCUCAACUAG